CUGCGCAUGUCCAAUGGCUUCUCGCCAUGUUGUCCUGUUUGUUUUGGAAGGCUGAGGUCAUAGUACACUGACAAUGUGCAACGCAGUUUGUUUAGAAGCUCAAAAAUAGAUCGACAUUAUCUUUCAAGGAUUCUGGACUUCUUUGUGGGAAAUAAUGAAAGAGGUUUUGUCUCCAACACAGUUAAAACAUUUAAAAGAGCAUCAAUAUAGUGCUUCGGGACAGUCGCUUAUCGAGCCGUGGUUUCAAGUCUUCUGGCGGUGGUUGAUCGAACAAGUCCCUUUGACAUGGGCCCCCAACAGCAUCACUCUACUCGGUCUUGUAAUCAACAUUCUGACCACUCUACUGCUAGUUUUUUGUUCUCCAGACGGAGCAACCGAGGCUCCAAGAAUAGUGUACCUGCUAUGUGCUGUGGGCCUCUUUAUAUACCAGGCUUUAGACGCAAUUGAUGGGAAGCAGGCACGAAGAACCAAGACCAACACUCCUCUGGGAGAAUUGUUUGACCAUGGGUGUGACUCCAUAUCCACGGUGUUUGUGAGCCUUGGGGUGACCAUCGCCCUGGAGCUGGGUAAGGACGUAUACUGGAUGAUGUUCAACGUCUUUCUGGGCCUGUUCUUGUUCUAUAUGGCUCAUUGGCAGACCUACGUCACAGGAACUCUCCGAUUCUCCCAGUUUGAUGUCACAGAGACGCAAGUGAUGAUCAUGACUUUACACCUGUUUAACUUUUUAUUUGGAUCUCAUAUAUGGAGCUUUCAGCUUCCCGUGCUGGGAAUUCCGCUACGUCAAAUUGUAGUGUACCUGAGCCUCGUUCCGGCAUUUUUACAGUUUUACAACAACAUAGCCAUCAUUCUGCAUGGUGGUACUGGGAAAAAUAAAUCCACAAUAGCUGGAACCAGUACCAUAUUUCCUGUGUUUCCAAUAGGAAUCGUGAUAACAUUAGCCGUGGUGAUAGCCCACAAGUCUCCUUCUAAUUUAUAUGAAAACCAUCCAAGUCUCUACCUCCUUAGCUUUGGUAUACUGUCAGCAAAAGUCAUCAACAGAUUAAUAGUAGCUCACAUGACAAAGAGUGAAAUGGAUUUGCUAGACUUGGGCAUUGUAGGUCCUCUGUUGCUCUUCGUGAACCAAUACUUCAACUGUUUAGUAAAUGAAACGCUGGUCCUGUGGAUUUGCUUUAUUUACGUAAUACAGGACAUUAUCCGCUAUUGUAUGGCCGUGUGUCAACAGAUUUGUCAAUUUUUAGGGAUAUAUUGUUUUGAUAUUGUUACGCCUUUUCCUAAAAAGACCACCAAAAAUUCAUGAGAGGAAUCACCGGCAGCAAGCAAACAAACCAGAUGAUUGGAUAGUAGAGACGUGUGCAAGAAACACCUGCCGAAAUGUUUUAUUCUUUUUACAUAUUUAUGUAUGAAAAGUGUGUACAAUCAUUUUAUUUUUUUAAUUUUUGGUACAAGUGAUGCAUUCAUUGGUCAGGGUUUUAUUUAUAGCUUGUGGAGUAAUCUUAGAAUAGUAAUCCAGUAUUUCUAUCCACUCUCUCAAUAGGCUAGUCUUUAAAGGUGGCAUGCUCAGACAUUUAUAUAUAACCGGUAUUGGCAUACAACAUUCAAUAGGUUAUUUUUUCAUUUUAAGAAUGUUUUGAAUGGGUAUUUUUAUAAAUUUUUUUUUGGAUAUGAUAUGGAUUGUUUAGCUUUUUAUCCACUCUCAAAGCCUGUAUUCCAAACAAUGCAACUUGAUAUUGAACUAGUUGGUGUCAACUGUGCUUUCCAUUGUGUGUAAAAAUGUACUUGGAAGUUGUACAAUGGUUAUGAUGACUUAGAUCAAACUUGUCCCUCAAGAUUGUGAAAGGUUGUUUCAUUUUAUUCUGAUUCACUCCUCAGGGAAAAUGGCCAGGUCCUCCUGUUACCAAAAUCUCAAAUAAUUACUACUGUAAAAGAAAAGUGCAUAAAUUUGAGGUCUUUACUUGGAUGUGAGGCUGAGUAUUGACUCGAGGAAAGUUGGUGACGGUGGGGCCAGACUGCUCUGGAUACUGUAUGCCUUUGCGACCUUCUAGGUGCUUCUUAGUCACAAAUAUUUGGACAGAACUUAUAUUAUAUGUAAAUGUAACUGAUUUGUUUUAGUAUUCAGUCAUGAUAUGAGUGGGGAAAAAAUUAAUACUGGUGAAUAGCAAAAUAAAUAAGAUGUUGUAUGCCAAUGAAAGUUGGCUUAAGUACUGGUAGAUGGAAUGAACAAGAGUUUGAAAUUGUCCUUGUAGGACUUGCAUUUCUGAACAGAUCAACCUUAUCCACUUUGAAUUUUUUUUCGUAAAUUUAGACAUGUGCUUCUUUGAAUGGACUGCAACACAAAUUUUCCAGAAUAUUUCUUCCAAGCUGCUGUAUGCAGUACUGAAAUUUCAGUGGUUAUUAUCCAAUUUGAAUUAUUUCUAUAACUUUAGAGGCCUUUAAAUGUUUUCUUGUAUGUGUGGAUUGCAACACAUAUUCUUUAGAAUAUUUCUUGCAAGAUGAUGUAAGAGGAAGUAAUAGUUUUCAUCCUGAAAUUAUGUGUAAAUAUCAAAAUGUGUAGAAUUGUGUUUUGUAUUGCCUGUGUUAAGUCAGCAAUUUUAUUGAGCUCAGGAGUGAUACAGGUAGAUCAAAAAAAAAAUUCACACAGGCUUUAAUUGUGAACUUUAAUUUAUAUUUUUUUAUAUGUAAAGGCCAUGUGAUGUGCUUUUGAUCUAUUUACAAUGUAAAUUGUAACAUUUUUUUUUUUGGGGGGGGGGUGCUACAGUCAGACUAGUAGAUUUAUAAGUGCUGCAUGUGUUACAAUAUGAUAUCCACAAAAAAAAAUUGUGAAAUUACUUGAACCUGAUAAGGUAAAAGAAUGUACCCCUAGACAAUGGCCGCAUAUUACAAAUUUGAAAAACUUAGAAAUAUUUGCAGUGUGAUAACAUGAUCCUCAAUAUACACAAUUUAUACAAAACAAUUUAUUCUAAGCUGUUAUAAACUCUAUCAGUAGAUUUCACUGAUAUUUAUUGAAACAUUCUGUAAUUUAUUAAUAAUUAUUGGAAUUUGGUUGUAGUGGUGGCCACUUUUAUAAUAUGCUGCCAAAGUACCAUCAACUGUGAUCCAACAGUGCCCUUGAAUUAUUGUUCAUUAAACAACCUAUGAAGAGUGUUGUUAAUACUCAGUUGCAUCAUUAGAAUAUUUACCGGUUUACAAUGAUUUUUUUGUUCAAAUGUUUCUUUUUUUCUAAACUAAAACUGAUCUUAGGUCAGCACUCAACAGAUCCUUUUUUAUGUUCGGCUAAAUAACAAGACAAGUCCCAUAACCCAUUAUAAGCCAGUAUCUUUUUUACUCUUUAAAUUUUACUUGAGUUGUUGACUAAUCAUUGACAUUUAUCUUUGGUACGUGUACGUUUGAUCAAUUAAGUUUCAUAUGGGGGGAGGGAAUCAUUAACAUAUGUCAGAGAAAGUUUCCUGAAUAUUUAAUAGAUUAAGUCCCAAUGCAGGGUAUUAGUGAAUUUAACUUACUACAUGUAUAUCUGUGUUGUCUCUUCUUUUAUUACAAUACAUUAAAACAAUUGUCUCCGUGUGAUUUAACAAAUUAUGGACAUUCUGGCCUCUAAUAUGAUAGAUACACAGGCAAGAAUAGAUUGAAAAUUUCAAGGAUUUCAGCAAAUAUUAAUGCCUCUUAGUAGAAAUGAUACAGAAGAUGUAAAAAAUAUUAUACUGUAAAAUCCAAGUACAGGUAUGAUAUGCAUCAUUUUUUAUUCACGAUUGACCAGAUGAGAACUUAUCUGCUGUGAUCAAGCUAUGAUCAUUAAUCAACACCAAAUGUUGUUUUUUAUUGUCAAGAAGUGUGUUUUAACAGCGAUAAAUACUGAGCAAAGGUGACACAGUACUUGCUCAUCUUGUGGUUAUGUAUCUAACAUAUAUAAUACUAUCAUUCGAAACAUUUGGACUGGCCAUUUUUUUUUCUGUUACAGUAUUUUAAAUAGUCCUCAGCAUGUUGAAUGCAUUGUUUUGUAUGGGGUACAAUAUAUGUACCAAUAUUUAAUUGUUUGAUGGUAACUAUUUUAUAAAAUCAUUUGAUGGUUUUCUUACUUUUACUCUCAUUUUGUUUUGAUUGAUCUUUAUGAUUUGAUUUUUAUCUUGCUUUUAACAAUCUAUAGGAUUUUUUGUGUCUCUGUAUUAGCUAUUCAUAUUAUCCCCAUUAUGUUCUGCAAGAGUUGAUCGGGAGGUGUGUCUGUGAUUUUAUUUCAUCAAAAUACAAUAAAUAUAUUAUUUCAUGUGCUUGA